AUGUCUAGUGCACCUACAGAAAAGAAAACAGUUGUCUUUCUAGGACCUAAAGGGACGUAUUCUCAUCAAGCGGCCAUUCAACAAUUCAGUCAUUUGGAUACAAUUAUAUAUACACCAACGAGCACUAUCCCAGAAUGUUUCAAUCAAUUAGAAAACAACCCAGCCGUAUCAUAUGCUGCGGUUCCAUUGGAGAACUCCACAAACGGACAAGUUGUUUACUCCUAUGAUCUUCUAAGAGAUAUAAUGCUCGAUGACUCAUGUGCCAUCGAUGGACAUCGUAUAAUUCCUCAAUUAGAAGUUAUUGGGGAACAGUAUGUUUCAAUUACUCACUGUUUAAUUUCUCCAAUUGCCAAUAUCAACCUUGAGGAUAUCAAAAAUUUCAAACUAGUUAGAAUAUUCAGUCAUCCUCAAGUUUGGGGUCAAGUCGCUCAAUAUAUGAGUAAAUUGAAGAAACAAUUCCCAGAUACAAAAUUUGAAACUAUAGAUACUAAUUCAACUUCAGAUGCUGUACUAAAAGCCAUUGAGAAACAAAAGACAGAUCAAAUACCUCAAACAACUGAAAUAUUAAAUAUUGCCAUUGCUGGAGAAACUGCUGCACAUCUAUAUGAUGCACAUAUUAUAGAUGAAUCUAUUAAUGACAGAUUGGGGAAUACAACAAGAUUCUUAAUUCUAAAGAAACUGGCCGAUAAACAGUAUCCUCCUCAACCUCCAAAUGUGAGUAAAAUGCAUGUGAACUUACUAAUGUUUACUUUGGAAUUAGAUGAUCCUGGUUCUUUAGUAGAUGUCUUGAACGUGUUGAAGGAAUAUUCGUUAAACAUGUCUUCCAUUAGUUCGAGACCUUACAACAGUGGGAAGGACGGAAGAAAGUGGCAAUACAUCUUUUAUAUAGAAUACGAUUCAGAUCCUCAAAUUGCUGAUAUCAAAACUUUCUACGAAGAGAUUAACGACAGAUGUGUCAAGUGGUGUCUAUGGGGUUCUUUCCCAAGAAACGAAAGGUACUACCAAUGA